AAAAAACCCCGUCCUGACUGUCACAUCAAUCCAUCUCCGUAUCGUCCUCUCGUCGCGGCUUCCGAUAGACUUCGUUGCUGGUACACGCCCUUCACGGAGGCCCGAGAUCAGCGACUAUGCAAUUCAGUAGACUCCUCUUCAGUUAAUAAGCUCUUCAACACUCUCUUAGCAUCUCUCGACAUCUCCACCAGACAAGAGUACGGCUCUGGCCUGCUUCGCUUUGCUCAGUUUUGCGAUGAUCACAACAUAGAUGAAAAUUCACGCAUGCCGGCUUCAGAAGAAUUAUUAUCAAUAUUUAUUGCCGAACGUGCAGCGGGCCUUCGCAGUGACUCAGCGGCUCAAAAUUGGCUCCAAGGCAUACACUAUUGGCACAAGAUAAAUGGCGCACCAUGGUAUGGUAAUGAACUACUCAAACAAACUCUCAAAGGGGUGCGCAAGAUGGUUCCAGAUUCUGCGAAGCGGGUCAAGAGACCGCCGGUGACGGUGGAGCAUAUGUGGGCACUCUGGCGGGGACUUGACUUAACGAACUCGUUCGAUGCCGCCGUGUGGGCGUGCGCCUGUACGGCCUUUCGUGGUUGCUGUCGGCUGGGGGAGUUAACAGUUCCCAGUAGAAACAGCUUCGACGCUACCAAGCACGUAGCGCGCGGUACCUCCAUUCGUUGGCAAACGUUACCAGGGAAUGUACGGUCCGUUCAUUUUCACAUACCAUGGACCAAGACCACACAGCACGAGGGUGCGGACAUAUCACUCACUGCCCGGGGGGACAUCGAUCCAUGGUUUGCCAUGCGCCAACAUCUUCAUGCCAACCAUAACGUUCCCACGACAGCCCCCUUAUUUGCAUUCGAAACGUCCGCUGGCUCGUGGGCGCCCAUGGUCAAGGAUUGGUUCCUUAUUCGCUGCCGCUCUAUUUGGACGACAGCCGGAUUACAGGACGUCUUCGGGCACAGCUUCCGGAUCGGUGGGACGACGGAGAUGCUGCUAGAGGGCAUAUCACCGGAAGUGGUGGCUGCGCAGGGCCGGUGGAAGUCGAUGGCUUUCAUGUUAUAUUGGCGCAAGAUAGAAUCAAUUCUCCCGCUUUUCGUAUCACGUUCUUACACCCAUUCUCGUAUUCAAGCUGCCAACGAUGGACUAGAGCACUUCCGGGUACGCAAUGGACUACCG